AUGCGCCCCGAGGAGGGGUACAUCAGUUUGGGACUGAGCCGUAAAGGCUAUGUCUCGAAGCCCCCGCUCCCCGAGGUCCGCGAAGCGAACCGCCUGCGCGCACAGGCGGACAAGAAGAGGAAGGACGAGGCGAAGGCGACCGCCGCCAGGAAGAGGAAGAGGAGGGAGGACCAUGAGAAGGAGUGCACCAGACGGGAGAGGGAGGGCCUCUCCCCGCCGACCACGCCUAAGUCCACCGAGGAUGAAGACUCCUCAUCCGGCGGGGUGGAUUUCUCGGAGUCUGAUGACUUUGAGGUGGUGACGGCCGGAAGCCCUCCGCUGGUCCCGCAACGGGCUGGCGUCGAGGCCUCGGCAUCAGUGCUGGGCGAGAGAAGGCUCGCGCCGGCGACGUUGGAGAAGGCGCCCGCGGCGAGGAUGGAUCGGAGCCGCAAGGCCGCUACCCGGGAGAUGGUCCGUCUUGCGCCGUCCAAGGCCCUCAAGACUGGGGCAAGCGCAACGCCGCAUUCGGUGUCGCAGCCCCCGAACGGGGGGUCCCAGUCGCUAGAGGUGGCCGCCACGGUGCUCCGGGAGGCGAUGGCUCGGGGGCCCAGUCGGCCCAGCAGGCUCGAGCGCAGAACGGCGGGAGCGACGCCGGCCAGAGUGGCGAAGCAGCGACCGCUCGGGCGGAUGCUGAGGGGGAGGCCGGCCGAAGCAGCACGGAGGGUGCUGCCUAGCCGGAUGCUGAAGACGAUGCCGACCGAGGCGGCACAGAUGACACCGCCCGGCCAAGAACCGGUGGAGGAGGGACUGGCGAGGAUGCCUCGGAGCGCCCCGCUAGGCACACUAAGGGAGAGACCCCCGUCCCUGAGUCAACGAGGGUCGGGGACAAGGGUGCUGCCGCAACGGCGGUGGCACAGACGAUGCCAGCGGUGGAGGAGACCCCCCAUCCCAGAGUCUGUGGGGACUGAGGGCGAGGGUGCUGCUGCCGCGGCAACGAUGCAGAUGGCGCCGGUGGACAUGGUGCUGGUGCUGGUGCUGGAGAUGCCGCCGGGCGAGGAGUUUGGGGACUCAGAGGAAAUCGACCCGGAUGCUGCGUGCGGGGAUGUCCGAGGGCCCCCCGUGGGGGUCGAGUGGGCGAUGGUCCAGCACGGGGUCCCCUCAGAUUUUGAUCGCAAUGAGCGGGAGGAGGAGGAGGUCUGGAAGGCGCAGUACGAGGCCGGCACUCAAAUCCUGGACGCCCUUGGCCUCGCCUUUCAGCUUCAUCAGAAAACAAACUUCCUUAUCAGCAAGCGACUGAAGGAAAUCUCGCGUAGCAAGAGCGCCGAGCUGGCCCGGCAGUACUCCCAGGUGCGCUGGCUCGAGCAGUGCAACGCCAGUAUGGUCACACGGAUGAACGAGGCCAACAUCUUGGUGUCCGACCUUAGGGAGCGUCAGCACGCGCUGGAGGAGGAGUUGGCGCGAGACAUCGACAAGCGCGACGCCCAGAGGGCCGUGGCGGAGCAGAAGGCCCAGGAGGUCGAGGCGCAGGCUGCCGAGCCGCGGCGGAACGCGGUGGCGCUAGUGCAGAAAGAUAGGGCGCUCGAGGCGAAGGAGGCUGAGCUCCAGUGCAAGGAGGCUGAGCUCCAGCGCGAGAAGGCGGCCAUCACCACGCUCAUCGACACCCUCGUGGGGAAGGAUGUCGUCCUCGAGGCACGGGAGGUGGCCGUCCGCGACGCAGAAACCGCCCUCAAAGAGAGGGAGGCCUCCUUAUCCGUGCUCCAGCAGAAGACGGUGGCGGACGAGACCGUGGCGAAGAAAGCCCUCCAAGCUGCGUAUUCAUCGGCGCAGAAGGAUCUCACGGACCUGGAGGGCGCCGCCGUGGCCACGUGCCAAGAACUUGAGGGGGAGGGAGGCUCGUCCGGGAGCUCAGUGGCCAGUCGCCUGCGAUCGCUGGGCGGUCGGGUGGCCGAGCGCCUCAGGAGCACCUUCCGCCUCGGCGUUCAGAGGACCCUCGCCGUGGUGUUGACGCACUACGACAUGAACCUCGAGCAGGUGGCGACGGUAUACGUCGUCGCGCCUGGCGUCGAGGGAGAUGACGCGGUGGCUUCUAUGGAGCAUGCCGCCGCCUCCGUCGAGGGCUUCGCCGCCGCCUUGUCCGAGCUGCUCGAGGGCGACCUUCUUCCUGACGCCGAAGAUAGCAUAGCCGAGGGUGCACAUGACGAAGAAGGAGGCCUGUAG